AUGUCUUACGCUUAUUUAUUCAAAUAUAUCAUAAUCGGGGAUACAGGAGUAGGUAAAUCAUGUCUUCUCUUGCAAUUUACCGAUAAACGCUUUCAACCUGUUCAUGAUUUAACUAUUGGCGUCGAAUUUGGUGCGCGUAUGAUUACCAUUGAUAAUAAGCAAAUAAAACUGCAGAUAUGGGAUACGGCUGGCCAGGAGUCGUUUCGGUCAAUUACGCGUUCAUACUAUCGUGGAGCAGCUGGUGCACUUCUUGUUUAUGAUAUUACUCGACGUGAUACAUUUAAUCAUUUAACUUCUUGGUUGGAAGAUGCACGUCAGCAUUCAAAUUCAAAUAUGGUUAUCAUGCUUAUUGGAAACAAAAGUGAUUUGGAAGCAAGACGUGAAGUGAAGAAAGAAGAAGGAGAAGCAUUUGCUCGUGAACAUGGUUUAAUUUUCAUGGAAACAUCAGCGAAAACUGCUGCGAAUGUGGAAGAGGCAUUUAUUGAUACAGCAAAAGAAAUUUAUAGAAAAAUACAAGAAGGUGUUUUUGAUAUCAAUAAUGAGGCAAAUGGAAUCAAACUUGGACCUCAACAUUCUCCGAGCUCACCCAAUUCUCCUGGUGGUAAUCAAGCUCUGGGAGGUUCAAAUGGUUGCUGUUAA